CAUGACGUUGGGCAAUGUCGCUACUGAUUAUGGUGCUUUGCUCAUCGGUGGUCUCCUGGCAUUCAGCCUUUCCGGCUGCGUGGGCAUGCAAUUCAUAGUGUAUUGCAGGAUGUAUCCGUCUGAUUCACAACGCAACAAAAUCAUGGUCGUAUCGAUCUGGUUAUUGGAUUUGUGUCAUUCAGCGUUUGUUUGUGUUGCGCUAUGGGACUCUAUCAUAGCGCAUUAUGGUGAUACUUCAAAAAUGGAUACUAUACCCUGGAGCGUAGGGCCUACUGUUGAGCUAACUGCCAUGGUUACCUUUAUAGUUCAAAGUUUCUUUUCAUAUCGGAUAUUUCGAUUAAGCAAAAAGAGAUGGACAGUUGCGGGUCCUAUUGCCUUGCUUGCAUUCCUUCGCCUUGUGGCUGCUAGUGUAUCCAUGGGAGAAAUGAUCAAAGUAAAAUCAUAUUCGAAAUUUGACAAAAUGUUCCCUUCU